AUGGUUUCUCAAGACCAAAGUAAGGACUCUGGCUCCAAAAAAAAUGGAGGUAAGGAGCUUGGAAUGGUAACUCCUCAAGACAAGCCCUUGAAGAAGAUGAAGUUUGUUUCAUCUGCUGAGACAGAACCAACCAGCACGACAACAAUUUCUGAGGAUUCAAAGUCAGGUCGAGGUAUGAGCACAAUGCCUCGUGUUGUGAAGAGAAAAUUGCAGAAAAUCAAGCCAGUUGUUGAGUACAAUAAAAGGGGGAAAGGAUGUGGCCAUGCACAUACUGAGAUGCAGUCCUACAUUGGUGUGUUGGCACGCUCCAGAGUCCCACUUGUGGACAAGAAAUGGGCUGAAAUCCCCAAGGAUAUAAAGGAGCAGAUUUGGGAAGCCGUUGACAUGGCUUUUGUGGUAGGUCAAGGGGGCAAGAACUCGGUGUUAUCUUCUGCUGCCAAGAAAUGGAAGGAUUUUAAGUCUACACUAACGAGGCAUUAUAUCCUUCCAUACAUCAAGGAGAGGGAGAAAUUAAGCCAACCCCCUGAAAUAUAUAAAUUCAUAGAGAAAGCAGAAUGA